AUGACGGUCAGAAGCAGAAAUGGUGGUCCGGGUUCGUCCAUCAGGAUUACACCAUCGAAUUCGCCUGGUCUAAGAGCUCCAGCACGAUCUCCCAAUAAAACCUCGCUGCACCAGUCCUCCCUCUCCCUGCAGACUGUCAUCGGCACGACGACUACCAAUCCGAACGGCUUCUCGAGUCACGUUCAAAGUAGAUCAUUUGCGCUAUGUGCAGGUUCGGCAGCGAUUCUAGCGGAGUUGGACGAUGAGAACCGUGUCACCCAGCGGUUCUUCAAAGCACGCCCCUCUGCGAGCAGCGUCAACCCGAUUACAUCCUUCUACAACCAGUCCACCCCGCCUUCCACACCCGACCCCCGCACGAGAUCGGUACCCAGCCUCAAAGCGAACAAUGCAGUAAGCAGUGGUUCACCGUCCAGUGACUUGGCGGAGAGUAACAGUCCUCGUUCCUGGUCUUCUCGGGAGAGGAUCAAGGCAGUAACGAGCGUCUCGAUCAGUCCGAAUGGAAGGAUGCUCGCGGUUGGAGAGACUGGCUACAAUCCCCGGGUUCUCAUCUUCUCGACGGCCAAGGAUGGAUCCUCAGAGAUUCCCCUGUCAAUUCUUACCGAACACACAUUUGGCAUUCGCGCCCUUGCCUUCAGUCCCACCUCGCAAUACCUGGCUACCCUUGGCGAUGCGAAUGACGGCUUCCUGUUCGUAUGGGCUGUCAACCUAAAGACCGGAUCCGCUAGACUACAUUCAACAAACAAAUGUACCUUUAUAGUCCGCCAACUGUGUUGGAUGGGGCAGAGCUUGAUCACCGUCGGCGUUCGACAAGUGAAGGUUUGGAGGCUUUUGGAAGCGCGACCCGUAUCUCCAGUCAAGUCGCGUCUGAAUGCAGACUCCACAACCAACUCCCCUACAGGGGCCCCGAAAGCGCUGUCUGGGCGAAAUUGUGUCCUUGAAGACCUCGUGAGCUCCACCUUCACGAGCGUAGCAAGCAUAUCAGACAACGAGGCUGUGGUGGGCACGGAGGACGGUGCUCUCUGCCACGUGGAAGAUACCGAGGGAACUGUGCGACUAUCCCUCAUCAAGUAUGUUGGAUUCAGCAUUCUCUCUCUAGCAACCGACCUGGAGCAGAAUUGUAUAUGGGUGGGCGGGUUGGAAAACAGAAUUCAAAGAUUGCCAAUCGAGAUACUUCGACCAUCACGGCCUCAUUCACCAGGUGCCUCGGGUCGUACUUCGGCGGGGCAGAAAUCCAAAGGGCCUUCGGUCACUUGCAUGGCUUCUCUGGGAUCUCAUCUGGUGACGGUCGAUUCGGGCAGGGAAAUCCGCAUAUAUGAAGUAGAUUCAAUGAGUGAUGAUGGCGAGCAAUCUCAACUGCCACUCGCGAUCUCGGCUCAUAGGGACGCCGUUCGUGGUGUUUCUCCACUUGCAAGACCCAAUAGGCUCCAAGCCGACUUUUUCACGUGGUCAUCGCAGGGAACAUUGCAUUUUUGGGAUACGAACGGCGAGUGUCGAGAAUCCAGAACAGUCGCUCUGGAGCAGCCUGCAGGCGCUGACGAAAACCAUACAAACGAACUUAAGAUUCUGAGGGCAACUGAAGAUCUAGAGCUUUUCAUCUCUGGAGACAAACUUGGGGUCCUGAGCGUCUUCCUGGGGAAGACUUGGAAAUGUGUCAAUCAGGUUCGAGCCCAUGGAGGUGAAAUUACCGAUGUGGCUCUCCUACAGGCCACCGACUCGUGUCUAAUUGCUAGCUCCGGCCGAGAUCGAACGGUACAGCUCUUCCGCAGCAGCGCAGAGAGCUUGGAACUGGUUCAAACCAUGGACGACCAUGUGGGCUCCGUUAACCAGCUGCUUUUUAUUAACAAUGGUGAAAAACUUCUCUCUUGUUCAUCGGACCGUACGGUAAUCAUCAGGGAACGCAUGACGCGCGAGAUCAAUGGCGAAAUAGUCGUUGCCUAUCUGAUAUCGAAACAUAUCAUACUGAAAUCAUCACCGUUGUCUAUUGCUCCAUCCACGGACGCUUCCAACAUGCUCAUCAUAUCCACCGUUGACCGCUGGAUACAGCAAUAUGAUAUGGAGUCUGGGAAGCACAUGCGUUUAUUCAAGACUACUGAUGCUGAAUCAGCCGAUACUGUUGUCAUGAGUUCCUUGACCAUGGCCGCCGAGAUUCCUGGUCAAAGUCCUACGUUGCUUGUUGGAGUAUCGGGCACUGACAAAUCAAUCCGCGUGUAUGACAUGGAUCGAGAAGUGCUUUUGACUGCCGAAUUCGGACAUGCAGAAGGUGUCAGUGAUGUCUGCUUACUACAAAAAGAGCCUGGAUCUCCUGGAGAGACUAUCACCCGAACGGUGGUUAGUGCUGGUAUGGACGGAGUCGUCAUGAUAUGGAAUCUGCUGGUGCAACCGCAGCAAUCCCAGGAUUCGAUUCAGACUAACAGCGGAGAAGAAGACAUUCGUGCUGGUUUGAAGGAGUUGACUGUUUCCAGACCACCUUUGCGCAAGGUUUUGUCUAGAAGUGAGCUCGCCGAGUUUCAGCGGCAAGAAAACAUCACAGGAACUCCAACUCCUGUGCGCCCCCCUUCUCGGUCAUUGGUUCGCAAAUCCUCCAAAUUCUCGCUCACAUCCUCGUCCCUGAAAAACGAGAAUGUAGCACCCACAACACCUUCGCUCUCCUCUUCAACGUCUCGUCGAUCACCCACCUCCCAGUCUCGCCUACAGCAGUUGCGAAGGUCACCAUCCCCAACCCCAAAGUCGGCGCCCGGGAAGAAGCCAAGUAACAUCAGCAAUAACACACGCCACUCCCCUUCGGACUUCCACUCCCGCGGCAAGAAUACCUCUAGGAGCGAAAUUGGAGGCCUGAACACAUCUACUGAGCAGAUAUGUCGCACAUUGAAGGCCUACAGAAGAAAGUUGCACAGCUGCACAGAAAAUCUCCAGUCCCAAAAGGAACUGGAGCGUGAGUUGGAUCUCACCCUUCGGGUUCUAGCCUCUCGGAGUAAAUCACGCAAUGAUGCAGAAACAGAAACUGACAGCAGCGGCAAGGAGAGUGAGGGAAAACAGAAGCCCUUUUUACACGUCUCCCAUCGCAUGUCCCCGGCCUCCGGUCGAAUCUAG